AGACACGAGAUGGAGUGUAGAAGUGAAAUCUAAAUCGACUACUGAGAAACUAAACGUUUGUAUCGUACAACUCCAUCAAAGAACAUAAAUUUCCUUCUUUGCAACGACAAACAAAGAGAAGGCUACAUAUGACUGACUUGUGGAAUUAUUUUUCGAAAUAACUUUAAGGGUUGAGCUUGAUAAUGCCUUUUUUUGUUAACUUAGCUGCUUCUAAAAUACCACCUACUCGGAUGGAAUCCUGUAUACUGAGUACCACGCAAAAUUUUUUAUCUUUUCUGAAAUAAAGUAAAAGACAUUUUGCCGCUGUAAUUGGCAUGCCAAUGUUGAUCCACUAACUUACAAACAAAUGAUUUAUGUUUAUAUUUAUUUUUGUGAUCUGUCUGUUCUAAAGUUCAAAUAUGAUUAUUAUAGUAGAAAGGAUUUUUAAAAUUUUACUGGGACUCUAUUAGAAUAAGGGUGACGAAUUACGUAUGAUGCUAUGAAGCAGAUUAGUGAGCCGUAUGGACGCAUUUAAAUAAUGCUUAGUGAUUAAAAUAAAAUUUGUCACUUUUGCUAUAUUUUUUUUUAACUUGAAAUCGUUUAAGAAGUUAUCUAUUUUAAAACAUUUUAAAGGCUCCUCUACAUGUAUAAAUAGAUUUUAUAUUUAUUUUAGUAGACUUUAACCAUCAUCAGCUUUUUUAGAACAGGUAAAAUUUAUUGACAAUUUCAUUGUAUUUUGGUGAUUACUGCAUGCUUGAUUUGUAUUUGUUCGUUUAGUCCUUGAUGUAAUUUACAAUUACAAACUAAUUAGAUAUUUAUGAGGUUAUUAGAAAACUCAUGCUCUGCUUAGAACUUGAUAUUUCGUCAUUUGGUUAUAAGGUCGUGAAUUUCACUAAUACAUCGGAUUGCAAGCAGUUUUCUGAUGAAGCAGUCUGACUUGGCUAAAUAGUCAUGUGUUGGCAACUAAAUUUACGUUUGUUCAAAAGUUUUAAGUGAAUUCCGUCCAUCAAGUUAUGCAAUUCGACAAAUAAGUCAGGCGGAAUGACAUUGUUUUGAGAGGGAAAGUAUUCAUGAGAAAAAAGAAAGAAAAUAUGGAAGGGCAUUUUUUGUGAUUGAGAUAUUUGUUCAACUGACACAAUAUUAAUCACUCAAGUACUUUGGUUGUUAACAAUAUUGGUUGGGUUAUUGAUUUUUAUCCCAGUUAGUUAUUUGAUACUAUAUGUUUUCAAAUAAACGUAUUUAAGCCUCUCGAUCCAUGCCAAAAUCAUGGGUAAUUACUCGUAAAUGCCUCUGUCAGAUUAACCAGGUUACUGCUUAGUAUCGUUAGUUUUCACUUUAUUCGAAUUUUAUGAGCUCGUAUUUGAGUUUGUUUAAAUCAUUUAUCACUUCUUAGCUGAUAUUUUCCAGAGUUUUGAGAUAACUAGAUUUUUUAUUAAUAUUCAGUAAAGUCGAUUUAAAAUUCUUUGGGUGCUAUCUGUUACCUUGUUGAAGGUUUGAGCGCCGAGCAACAGAAUGGCUACCUGGUAUGGAAGGUAAAUAUGUUGCCCGAGGACAAUUUACGGGUGAAUGUAUCGCUGUUCUCACAAGCGGUGGAGAUGCACAAGGAAUGAAUGCAGCUGUACGAGCUGUAGUUCGUAUGGGAAUAUACUGUGGAUGUCGAGUAUUUUUCAUCAGAGAAGGGUAUCAAGGUCUUGUGGAUGGUGGUCAAAACAUUCAGGAGGCGUCGUGGGCAGACGUUUCUGGUAUUCUCCAAUUGGGAGGUACUAAGAUUGGGUCAGCUCGAUGUAUGGAUUUUCGUGAACGUUAUGGACGUUUAAAAGCUGCUGAAAAUCUAGUCAAAAAUCAAAUUACUAAUUUAGUUGUUAUUGGCGGUGACGGUUCUUUAACUGGUGCUAAUCUAUUUCGAGCUGAAUGGUCAAGUCUAUUGGAAGAACUUGUCACAUCAAAUAAAAUUAGUGCAGAAAGUGCCAAACAAUUUCAUCGUUUAAAUAUUGUCGGUUUAGUCGGUAGUAUUGACAAUGAUUUUUGUGGUACAGAUAUGACAAUUGGUGCAGACUCAGCAUUGCAUAGAAUUAUUGAAGCGACUGAUGCAAUCUCUACUACAGCUCACUCACAUCAAAGAUGUUUCAUUUUAGAGGUGAUGGGUAGACAUUGUGGCUAUCUAGCACUUGUCGCAUCUAUGGCGUGUGAAGCUGAUUGGGUAUUUAUACCAGAAAUGCCACCAGCUGAUGAUUGGCGUGAAAAAUUAUGUCAUAAACUUCGAAUGAAUCGUGAACAUGGACAACGUGUCAAUAUAAUUAUGGUUGCCGAAGGUGCUAUCGAUAGAGCAUGUAAACCGAUCACUUGUGAAAUAGUGAAAAAUUUAAUAGUAACAGAACUUCAACUUGAUACACGUAUAACUGUUUUGGGUCAUGUCCAACGUGGUGGUUCACCAUCUGCAUUUGAUCGUAUUUUAGGCAGUCGUAUGGGAGCUGAAGCUGUUCUAGCCCUAAUGGAUGCUGAUCGUGAUCCUAAUCUACCAUCAUGUGUUAUCAGUUUGGAUGGUAAUCAAGCAGUUCGUGUACCACUUGUGAAGUGUGUCGAGAGAACACGUCAGGUUGCUGAAGCAAUGAAAGCUUGUGAUUUUGAUCACGCCGUUGAACUACGUGGGACGAGUUUCAUGAACAAUUUAGCAACGUAUAUAAAACUUUCAAAAAUUGAACAACCACGUCAAAGUGUCAUGUCAUCUGAAAACAACUUGAGAAUCGGUAUCGUGAAUGUCGGUGCUCCAGCUUGCGGUAUUAAUGCAGUAAUAAGAGGAUUUACUCGUUUGGGUAUCACUAAAGGUUAUAAGAUUAUCGGAAUACACGAAGGAUUUUCCGGGCUUGUUAAAGGUGAUGCUAGUGAAAUACAGUGGGCUGAUGUCCGUGGAUGGGUGGGAAUGGGUGGUUCUAUGUUAGGAACACGUAGAGAUACACCGAAUGGUUUAGGUAUAGAUAAAGUAGCGGCGAAAUUUAAAGAAUUCAAAUUAAGUGGUCUACUUAUUAUUGGUGGCUUUGAAGCGUACGAAUGUAUGAUAGAACUGGUUGAAGGACGUGAAAAAUAUCCUGAAUUAUGUAUACCUAUGGCUAUGGUACCAGCGACAAUUUCUAAUAAUGUUCCUGGUACUGAUUUCUCUUUGGGUUGUGAUACGGCUUUAAAUGAAAUAACCUCUGUUUUAGAUAAAAUUAAACAAAGUGCAUUAGGUACAAAACGUCGUGUAUUUGUUGUUGAAACAAUGGGCGGUUAUUGUGGUUAUUUAGCUACAAUGAGUGCAUUGGCUGGUGGAGCAGAUGCUGCUUAUAUAUUUGAAGAACCAUUUACAAUUGAUGAUUUACGUGAAGAUGUAGUACAUUUACGUGCAAAAAUUGAUGAUAAUGUUAAACGUGGUUUAGUACUACGAGCUGAAUAUGCUAAUAAAUACUAUACAAGUGAAUUUAUUCAUCAAUUAUAUGCUCAAGAAGGUCAAGGUAUAUUUGAUUGCCGUUGUAAUGUACUAGGUCAUAUGCAACAAGGUGAUAGACCAAGUCCAUUUGAUAGAAGUUUAGGUACAAAAUUUGCUUCGAAAGCAAUUGACUGGUUAGAUGAACAAAUCAACGCUAAUAUACGUUCAGAUUCUACAGUCUAUACACCAGGACAUUUAUGUUGUACAUUAAUUGGUAUUGUACGUCGUCAGACAACUUAUUCAAAUAUUAUGGAAUUAAGAGAACAUACAGAUUUCGUACAUCGUUUACCAAAAGAAGAAUGGUGGCUUAGUUUACGUCCAUUAAUGCGUAUUAUGGCUAAACAUGAUAGUCUUUAUGAAUCAGAAAGUAUUAUGGCUGGUACUGAUAGAAAAUAAUCACUUUUUCUUUUAUCAUACAUAUUUCAAUUUAUUCAAUAUUAGUUUUACUUAAUUUUCAUUCAUAAAAUCAGAUUUUAUUAUUAUUGUUAAUAUCGAUAAUUUUUUUUUGUCUUUUUCUUGUUGUUUUCUUCACUGAUUUAUUAUUCGUUUACUUAGUUACUAUUUAUGAUAAUUCAAACAAUCUUAUUUAUUAUAUUCUGCUUUAUUAAAGAUUAAUCAAUAUUGUAUUGUAACCCUACAAGUUUAAUUAAAUUCAAUAUUAUAAAUCAGUCAUUUUAACCUUUCAAAAACCAACACCGAUCACCUUUAUUAUAAUUGUAGAAAAUUAAAUUUAAUUUAGACCUUUUUUCAAGAAAAAAAAAGGAAGAAAAACAAAGUAAAGAAAAACGAAAAUUAUUGUUAACAUGUUUCUUUCAUUCUGUUUUUUUUUCUCCCUUUUUUUGUCUUUUAGUGAGGGUAUGUAGUAUUGUCCUAGUGCAAUAUUUAAAGUUUUGUCAUGUUUUCUGUGUUUUUUUUUCUUUUUUGUAUAACAGAGAAAUUAUAUAAUGAACACUUUGAUUUAAAUUUUAAAUUUUCAUGUAAUAAAUCGUUCAACCAUAUCGGUUUAAUUUAUUUC